CCUCCCACCCACACCACCACCACCACUGCUAAGGAGGAUGAAGGCCCUGUUGUUGUUGGUCAUCUUCACCCUGUUAUCGUCGCUCGGCGAUGGCAGCGUUGGCUCGAUCAUCAGCUCCUCCCUCUUCGAUCAGAUGUUGAAGCAUCGCAACGACGCAGCCUGCCCCGGCAAGGGCUUCUACACGUACACCGCCUUCAUCGCCGCCACCAACUCCUUCAGUGGGUUCGGGACGACCGGCGACGACGCCACGAAGAAGAGGGAGAUCGCGGCUUUCUUGGCGCAAACGUCUCACGAGACGACAGGUGGGUGGCCGACGGCGCCCGAUGGCCCGUACGCGUGGGGUUACUGCUUCAUCAGUGAACGGAACCCCCCAAAGGACUACUGCGUCGCCAACUCGCAGUGGCCGUGCGCUGCAGGCAAGAAAUACUACGGCCGAGGCCCCAUCCAAAUCUCAUACAACUACAACUACGGGCCGGCCGGGAAAGCCAUCGGCUCCGACCUACUCAAGAACCCAGACCUGGUGGCCACCGACGCGACCAUCUCCUUCAAGACGGCUCUGUGGUUCUGGAUGACUCCUCAGUCGCCCAUGCCGUCGUGCCACGACGUGAUAACCGGGAGGUGGACGCCAUCCAACGCCGACCGGGCGGCCGGAAGGCUUACGGGCUACGGUGUCACCACCAACAUCAUCAAUGGAGGGUUGGAGUGCGGGAAUGGGUCCGAUGCCAGGGUGGCGGAUAGGAUCGGCUUCUACAAGAGGUACUGCGACUUGCUGGGGGUGAGCUACGGAGACAACUUGGACUGCUACAAUCCGAGACCCUUUACUUCUACAGCAGGGCAUAUAUUGGCAAAGCUCAUGUGGACCCAGGCAGACAAACAUCAUCACAGUAUAGUCACUCCGGAAAGCUCGGGAAGACGCCGUGCGACGCCGAUCCGUGCAGGAAUGGGAGGCAUUUCAAACACUCAACUCUCUCUUAUUCCACCCAAAGCAAACUUAAGCUUCGGAGGGAUCGAGUCGGAAAAUCUCCCUCCCGAUCCCGACCUAUAUGUAGGAGCCCAACGACGGAGAAGCAGGCCACUCACUAAGAGAAAAAAUAACACUUGAGGGAUGAGGCUCGAACUCGACCCGACUCGUCGCUCGCCCUCAGAGUAUCCACAUGAACAACCUUGUACAUCGAAAACUGGACCGAGACCUUGGCUACAGCGUAAAGGUUCACUAACAACUACCAACCAUGUUUGUG